UGGAGGCUUCGGGGCGGCCGCACAUGCGUCGCUACGCACACUGCGGGAGCCCGCGCGCCUGGCUCCGCCCCCGGAAGUGUGGGCCUGGCGGGGGGCGGGGCCGUGGGCUCCCCGGCGCUGCGGGGGCUGACGGGAAGAUGGCGGACUCGGUGUCCGGGAGCUGCUGAGCGGCCGGGGCGGCGGCGGGUCCAGCGGCCGCCAGCGCCAUGGUCUCCCGCCGCUCGGCCGCCGCCCGCCCCGCCGAGCCCCGGCCAUGCUGCGCCUGCGGCCAUGGCUGCGCGCCCUGAGCCGGCCCCGCGCCCCGCCGGGCCCGCCCGCCCCUGAGCGCCGCGGCCCCGGGAUGUUCCCCGCCUGCUGCUGCGCGGGCAAGGCCAAGCCGCGGGCCGUGCUGCUGCCGCUCGAGCCCUACGCGCCGGGGCUGCUGCCGCCAUGGGCCCCGGACGGCGGGCGGGCCCGCGGGCACGGCAAGAGGAGGAGCUGGAGCUUCAUCCACGAGAAGAUGAGCUACGACACCUUCUUCACCAUGAAGCGGCUGAUCGAGCGCUCGCGCAGCGUGGGGGAGGUGCUGCGCUGGGUCACGCAGAACCCGGGCAAGGUGUCCGCCAGCCACUACCCCAUCGCGCUGCACAAGCUGGGCCAGCUGCUGCCGCAGGGCCCGGCCGCCGGCGCCGCGGACGGCCGCGCGCCCGGCCCCGUGCUGGAGCAGCCCGAGUUCCAGGCGCUCUGCCAGGCCAUCAUCAGCGGCUGCUCCAAGUUCGAUAACUUCAGCAUCGUCAACUGCCUGUACGCCGCGGCCGCGCUGGGGCUGCCCGGGGAGUCCGCGCUGGUGCGGGUGCUGGAGGACGAGUCCCGCAGCCGCCUGGGCCGCUUCAACCAGAAGGACGUGUCGAUGGUGUUCAGCAGCGUGAUGCGGCUGCACCCGUCCAGCCCGCACCCGCUGGUCGAGUCCUGCCUCAGCAGCCUGGAGCGGCACCUGGACCGCGAGCGGCACCCGCAGACGCUCUUCCUGCUGCUCUCCUACUACCGGCUGCGCGCGCAGGCGCUGCAGGGACACGCCGCCUCCGACCAGCAGCUCGUCAACAACCGCAAGAUCCUGCGGCUGGUGCGGCACACGCUGGGGCAGGUCAGCGCCAUGCGGGAGCACGAGCUGGCCCUCCUGGACGAGAUGCUGGCCCUGUGCGCCCAGGAGGCCAACAACAAGGCCCUGGAGGCCAUCUUCAGCUCCCAGCUCUUCUACGAGAACCGCCAGGAGCGAUUCAUCCGCAGCAUGGCAGGCGCCAGGUUUGAGGAGUGCUCCCGCGGUCCCUGCCUGUGCUGCCGCCCCUGCCCGGGCUGCUGGAGGGCUGCGGCUGGGCCCGUGGCCCCCGACACCACCCGCUGUGUUUGCUCUGCAGAGUGGCUCCCCAGGAAGGCGGAGAACCUGACCCCCUACACCAUGGCCCUCAUCGCCAAGUACGUGGCCCGGCACCGGCUGCGAGAGCCGCGGCUGCUCGACACCAUCGCAAACUUCCUGCUGAAGCGCGGGGAGCAGCUCGAUAGCAAGGUGAUCCAGAAGCUGGUGUUUCCCUUCAGCCGCAUGAAUUACCGCCCGUCCAACCACAGCGAGCUGUUCCCCAAGCUGGAGGCCAUCCUGGAGCAGAAGGCUGGCAGCUCGCCCCUGGCCACCGUCAACAUCCUCAUGUCCAUGUUCCAGCUCAGCCACUUCCCCCAGACUGUCCUGCACCAAGUCUUCUCCCCGGCCUUCAUCACCAACGUCAUGAGCAGCCCCUAUGCGCUGAUCGUGCGCCGGUACCUGUCGCUGCUGGACGCGGCGGUGGAGCUGGAGUUCCGCGAGUACAGCGGCCCCCGCCUCGACCCGCGCUACCGCGUCCUCAUGUUCGAGCACGCGCUGACGGCCGACGAGGCCAACAGGAAGUACAGCUACAAGGGGCUGGUGGCCGAGGCGCUGCGGCAGCUGGUGGGGGAGGAGUGCUACCGGCAGGACGAGGUGCUGCCCCCCGGCUACUGCACAGACUUCCUGCUGUGGAUCAACCGCUCGGGCACCGUGCUGCCGCUGUCCCGCGUCCCCGCGGCCGCCAAGGCCCCCCCCACCCACACCGCGGCCCCCGGCGCCGCCGCCCUGCGCUCCAGCGUCCUGGCGCUCACCUCGGACUUGCAGGACUUUGCCCCCUUUGCCGCGGAGGCGCCGGGCAGCCCCCGGGAGAGCGGCCUGGCCGGGCGGUUCCUGCCCGCGCUCUGCCCGGCGCCGGGGGGGCCCUGCUACCAGCCCCCCUCGGACUAUUACUGCGGGCUGGGCAAGGAGCCGGCCCUGGAGAGCCAGGGCAGCCCCGCCGAGGGCCUCCCCGCGCCCGCCGGCACCCCCGACUGCUCCCCCCGCCGCAGCUCCGCCGCCACGCUCUUCCAGUUCCCCAUCAGCAAGAUCCUGGAGGAGGAGGAGGAGGAGGAGGAGAAGGCUCCCGGACACGACCCCAAGUGCUUCCAGGGGGGGCAGGCUGUGCCGGAGGAGCCGGGGGAGAGGAGCCCCCCCGCCAGCGAGGCCACCGGCCCCCCACCCUCGCCGUGCCGGCCCAGCCCCAAGCGGGGGCCGGGAGAGGGGCUGCAGGGAGCCGAAGAGAUCCAGAGGGUGGUGCUGUCGGUCAAUGACAAGUGGCACUAUUGCCAGAACUCUGACAUCCUGGUGGGCUCGCGAGCCAUGCGGGACCGGCACCUGCGGCUGCUGGGCUACUCCCUGGUGCAGCUGCCCUACACGGAGCUGGAGAAGGUGAGUGGCAUCGAGGAGGCCAAGCACUACCUGCGGCAGAAGCUGAGGGAGCUGCGCUUCUGAGGGACGGACGCCCGACCCGGGCAGGGGAUGGAGCGGGGCGCACGGAGCUGCCCCCGGCCCGGGCUGUGGGGCUGGGCCGUGGGGCUGGGCCGUGGGCACCCGCUCGGGGCUGGGGGGCGUGAGGUAUUUAUUGUGUGACGGGGGAAGGGGUGACGGCUGGUGCGAGGGGGAGCUGUGGGGCUGUGCUGCUGGGGGGGUCCCCCGGCCCCGGCGUCGCUGUGGGUGGCACUGGGGGGUGUCCCUGUGUCCCCACCGCUGCCGGGAGGGAGGGAGGGCUGGGCCUGGCCCCGGCCCCGCAGGGUCUGGGGGUGCGGCAGUUUGCACAGGGGGGCUGGGGCAGCGGGUCGACUUUACAAUAAAACUGGUUAAAAGUG